UGGACCCUUGCUUGUCUCGCGGCGCACUUCACCGCCCGGGAAAGUGAGAGGGGGCAGGGGAGGGAGAGGAGCCAGGGGUCAAAUCUCCUCAUCCUUUCUGGCCAAGCAGCCAGGGCUGCCGGGGGAGUGAGGAGCGGGCAGGAGGCAUGGGGAGGCCGCCGUGCUGCGAGAAGACCGGGGUGAAGAAGGGCCCGUGGACGCCGGAGGAGGACCUCGUGCUCGUCUCCUACGUGCAGGACAACGGGCCCGGCAACUGGCGCGCCGUGCCCACCAACACCGGGCUGAUGCGCUGCAGCAAGAGCUGCCGGCUCCGGUGGACCAACUACCUCCGCCCCGGGAUCAAGCGCGGCAACUUCAGCGUCCAGGAGGAGAAGCUCAUCAUCCACCUCCAGGCGCUGCUCGGCAACCGUUGGGCGGCGAUUGCGUCGUACCUCCCGGAGCGCACGGACAACGACAUCAAGAACUACUGGAACACCCACCUGAAGAAGAAGCUCAGCAAGGCGGGCGCCGCCGAGGCGAAGAGCGGCAGGUCCGCCGCGGACAAGGGGCAGUGGGAGCGCCGCCUGCAGACGGACAUCCACACCGCGCGCCAGGCGCUCCGUGAUGCGCUGUCCCUGGACCCCAUGCUGCCGCCCGCCAAGACGGAGCCGCUGCCGCUGCCGCCGGCGCCGGCGCCGGCCAGCCAGGCGGCGUACGCGUCCAGCACCCAGAACAUCGCGCGCCUGCUGGAGGACUUUAUGCGCCCCCGCGCUGGCAGCGGCAGCGGCGGCAAGGCGUCGUCCGGGUCCAGGUCGUCCGCGUCGGCGGUCUCCGGCGGCGAGGGCGCGGCGUCGGCGAGCCACAGCGGCAGCGGCACGACGCGGACGCCGGAGGGGUCCACCGGGACGAGCAAGGCGGAGGACGCGGGCCCGGCGCCGCCGUUCUCGAUGCUGGAGAGCUGGCUGCUCGACGACGGCAUGGGGCACGGCGACGCGGGGCUCAUGGGCGUGCCGCUGUCCGACCCGUGCCAGUUCUUUUAGCACCAAAAAAAGGAGAGAGAACAUAAUAAAAGUGACUAGGCUGGAUGAAGAAAGAAAGAAGCCAGGAACUCGAAUCCCUGGUAAUCUAGAUCAACGCAACGCAAAUAACGCUGGUGUUGAUCUAGUUUACCUGGCUAAUCCAGUUCCUUGCUUCUUUUUUUUAGGUUUUUGGUCUUAGGGUUUGGAACUGAUCAUGUUUAUGUAACUAUGCAGUAAGUCUGUACUGAUCCAUGGGUAACCAGCGGGAUUAAUGGUGAUGUAGUAGUAGUCAUCAGUGAUGAUGUGCAUGACAAAAUAAAGAAUUGUACAUCUAUAAGGAUAACAUAUAAUCCCUAUAGAACUUAAGUUUCCUUGUGUUGUUCUUAGUUUGUGUUGAUUUAUCCAAUUAUUGGAGAGGACAUACGUAAAACAAAAUGCGUAGUUGUUGCA